GAAGGAGGGGUUCCGCUCUGGCCUCGCCGGUCUAUGCCAGGAAGCGGAAGUGGCGGCGGGGGGCGGUCUAGCCCCGCCCCCUCCAACCCAGGCCUGCUCCCAGGAAGCCCCGCCCCCUCCGACCUGCUCCCAGGAAGCCCCGCCCCCUCCCCCGCAGGGCCCUGAGGCGGAAGGAGGGGUUCCGCUCUGGCCGCGCCGGUCUAUGCCAGGAAGCGGAAGUGGCGGCGGGGGGCGGUCUAGCCUAGCGAGCGGCAGCAGCAGCAGCACCAUGACGACGGCGCUGACGCAGGGCCUGGAGCGCGUCCCCGACCAGAGCGGCUACCUGGUGAUCUGCGACGGCGCCGUGCUGGCCUCCUCCGGCGACCUGGAGAACGACGAGCGGACGGCCGGCGUCAUCUCGGAGCUGGUGAGCACCGCCUGCGCCUUCCGCCUGCCCCGCUGCCCGGAGGAGGUGCCCUUCCGCCGCAUCUCCGUGGUGUUUGGGGAACACACCUUCCUGGUGACCGUCUCCGGCCAGAAGCUCUUCGUGGUCAAGCGCCAGAACAACGUCCGGGAGCCCGUCAUGGUCUGAGCUCUUCGCAGGUGGGGGGGGCAGGAUGGAAGCAGACCCCCCCUCUCCCGGGCUCAGCAAGGAAGCCCUCCCUCCCCUCCUUCCAGAGCAUGCGCCCAUCUUUGUGUUGGGCAUGGGGCAUGGCAUGUCAAAGGUUUUGUGUAUCUGUCUUGCAGCAAAAUAAACACUUUCCCACAA